GUGCUCUGUUUUCUAAUGAAAGUUUCAUUUGAAGUUUGUUUACAGGAAAGAAGAAAUUAGCAGAGAGAAUUCUCCUGAGAACCCAGAGAGGAAAAAGAAUGAGCUGCCUGACUUGCAAGCCAAAAGAGGGUGGAAGGGUAGAUUAGAUUUACCGUAUUGCUCUGAGUCGUGGCCGUUGUUCACAAAUUCUUCCUUGUUCUCCCAGUCGCUGAGGUUCGGUGUUCAGCACCAUUGGUGGCAUGUGGGGACAACUGGGGGCUGCCCAUCUGACCAAGUGCUCGGUCCCACUGCUGCAUUGGUAGCUUCGGAGCCAGGGCUGUGCGUGCCCAGGGUCCUGCUGGUAGAGGAGGCAGUGCCAGGUGUCCCAGAGCUCUGCUAUGUGUCCCCCCCUGGGUGUCCCAGGGAGGCAGCAUGCUGGUGGCCGGGGUGGGCACAGGGCAGCGGGGCUGCUGGGGCUCAGUGGAGUGCCAGGACGCAAGCAGUGCUUCUCUUGGUUGUCAGGGAAGGGGCACGGAGGGACAAGGAGCUCCCACGGCUUGGUGCCAAACAGAGAGACUGCUCUGGUGGCUGAGUCCCCCACUGCAUCCCUGCGGUGUUAGCUGUGUGUUGCAAUCCCCUGCAGCGUGCUUGCACAGGGUGGGCUCUGCCUGCAGACCCACACGCUGUUGGAGAGGUUUGUCCUGUUGGCACUUUGGGUGAGGAUGGCCUUGGCUGCACAGUAAAGAUGGCACUGGGGACACGGGGAUGGCGUGGCCCGGCCCCACGCUGGCAGCCUGUUUCCUGCUGGGGGCUGGAGUGUGGACUUGGGAACGUGCAACAUCUGUGUUUGACCUGAGUCACAUUUACAGUUUCUGGCUUGAGUAUUUCUAAUAAUAGGCCGACGUUGUUGCACCUCAAGAGAAUGGUACACUUUUGUAAAGCCCUUUCCGCUGCAUGUGCGUGCGAGGCAUCUUUCGUGCCUCUGAUUUUCCAGCCUGCACGAGUGCCUCUGGGUCGGGGUCUGGGUGCUGAGGCUGUGCCUUCUGCAGGAGUUGUGCCUGAGCCAAACCCUUUGGAAAGCCGCCUGGGGCUCCCACCUGCCAGGUGAAGGCUGUGGGCAGCCAGGACCUUGGCAUUUGCAUUUGUCUCUUAAGCUCUGACAGUAAUCUUGGGUAAGCCUCGUGAAGGAGGCCAGAUAUUAGGAUGGCUGGCUCCCUGUGACUGUGUGCAAUGGAGACUAUAUAUAGUGUGUGGCGGGGAGACCUGUGCUGUCCUCUCCUGUAUGUGCACAAUGGGAUUUGUGGGGAGGCAGCGCCGCUCUUGGCUGGUGUAGCAGCCGGGUGUGCUGGCAGCGCUGUGCCCCAGUGCCCCCCAUGCUCCCAGUUCCCCAGUGCCCCCUGCCCUGCUUGAGCUCGGCCAUGGGUGCCUGAGCCAUAAAUUCCAGGAAGAUCCUGGGAGGUGGGGAGCGCCAGUGCCCUGGGCCUGCAGAUGUGUGUGUGGGGACAGGGAGAGGAGGAAAAGUCCCAACCUGUCCUGAAAGACGUUCGUUUAUUCACCAUAAAAUCUGUCAGCCAGAGGCAGCCAGACAGGGCAGCUUUUACGAGGCACAGCCGUACGUUGGAGAGGCUCUUGCCAAUUGCUCCUCACACGGAAAAGGAGCGGGCGGUGUAUGUAAUCUCAGGACGAGGGGAAGGAAAGAAAAGAAGCUGAGCAUUUACAAGCCUGAGAAAUGCUUCAAUCAAAGGAAAGCACAUCUGAAGGCCCUUCUGGAGGGCAUUUUUUUGUGUCCCCCGCCGCCUCGCAGUUCUGGAUGCGGCCUCUAUCCGUUAUUUUGGGGGAGCGGUCAGGGAGAGGAAGGCAGAUAAAGGGACCGCCGACGGGACCGUGUUAAUUUGGGGCAGCAUCUGCUUCCUGCAGAGCGGGAGCUGGGGGGGGUGAGGGGAGCACCGGGCCCCUCCUCUCAUUCAGGAUCCCGGCCUCGCCGGUGGUGGUUUUGAAAUCCUGCGGCUGACCUUUCCGGCUCUGGAAGCGAUCCAAGGGCUGUGUCUCAAAGUGCUCUAAAGGAUGAGACAUCGGUGAGCAGCGAGGACUUUGAUAUGAAUGACUCCACAUGGAUCUCAGCUGACCAGCAUCUGAACUCCAGCCUGAGCCCCAGCCAGGACGAGAGCAUGCGCAGCCCGCAGAACCUUCACGGCCAGGAGGAUGAUGACUCCUCAUCAGAGAGCUGCAGCGGGAAUGGCUCCUCCACCCUGAACCCCUCCACCUCCAGCAGCACGCAGGGCGACAGCGCCUUCCCCGAAAUGAAUGGGAAUGGCACCGCAGCCCCCAUGGACUUCACUGCCUCCACCGACGACCAGCCCAUCAACCUCUGCGACAAGCUCACACCUGCCCACGUCACCCCUUCCUACCAGUCGGACAGCUGCAGCACCGACGGGCUGCGCAGCAGGGUGAAGUACGCGGUGAAGACCACAGCAGAGUCCCCACCAUACAGCUCCGGCAGCUACGACUCCAUCAAGACCGAGGUCAGUGGCUGCCCCGAGGACCUGACAGUUGGCAGAGCCCCCACGGCUGACGAGGAUGACGAUGAUCACGAUGACCACGAGGACAACGAUAAGAUAAAUGACUCGGAAGGGAUGGACCCGGAGCGGCUAAAGGCCUUCAAUAUGUUUGUGCGCCUUUUCGUGGACGAGAACCUGGAUCGGAUGGUUCCCAUCUCCAAGCAGCCCAAAGAGAAGAUCCAGGCCAUCAUCGAGUCCUGCAGCCGGCAGUUCCCCGAGUUCCAGGAGCGAGCUCGCAAACGCAUCCGCACGUACCUCAAGUCCUGCCGCCGCAUGAAAAAGAACGGCAUGGAGAUGACCAGGCCCACGCCGCCGCACCUCACCUCGGCCAUGGCUGAGAACAUCCUGGCUGCUGCCUGCGAGAGCGAGACGCGGAAAGCAGCCAAGAGGAUGCGGCUGGAGAUCUACCAGACCUCGCAGGACGAACCGAUCGCCCUGGACAAGCAGCACUCCAGAGACUCCACAGCCAUCACCCACUCCUCCUAUUCACUGCCAGCUUCGUCCUACUCUCAAGACCCCGUCUACAUCAAUGGAAGCCUCAACUACAGCUACCGUGGCUAUGGGUCCCUGGGAGGCAGCCUGCAGCCACCUGCACCGCUCCAGACCGGGAACCACAGUAAUGGUCCGACUGACCUCAGCAUGAAGGGGGGGGCCUCCAGCACGGCCCAGUCCAACAGCACCAGCAGGGGGAUGCAGGCUGCCCAGCUCAGCCCCACAGAGAUCAGCGCCGUGCGGCAGCUCAUCGCCGGCUACCGGGAGUCCGCAGCGUUUCUGCUCCGCUCUGCAGAUGAACUGGAAAACCUCAUUUUACAGCAGAACUGACUCCUCGUGGCUGCGGCGCUCCUCUGUCAGGAAGACAAUUUACACCUGCUAGCAAUUGGCUCCCAGCGGUGUCCCGCUCAGGACCGCCACCGUCCUCCCGUGAAGCGGCAGCUCCGCGUAGUUGUAGAAGGUGGAACCCAACAGAGCCGUUUUCUUUUACACUCCGAGCACCUGGGACUUCAGGCACGAGGCCACGUUCCUGACCCGUACCAGAAGCCAAACGUGCGGCUUGGAAGGAUGCGGGACCUCGAGGGCAGAAGGGAGCCUGGGGAGGUUUGGGGCUGCAGAUGUAUUUAGGAUGACCUUGAUGGACCCAAAUGUUAGAAUCCCGUCCCCAGAUAAUUUCCAAGUCUUAGGUGAGCCGAAUCACAUAUUUAUUGAGAAAUGGACCCUCUUCUCCCCUUAGUAAUUUAUUUUUCUGAAAAUGGAUUCUUUUGAGUUUGUACAGAUUGCCAGUUUUGUGUCUGUCUGAUCGGAAGGAAUUUGUUCCUGUGAGAUAACACAUUCCAUAUCACAACACUACUAAUUCCCAGGCAGCUCUGCCUGUUUCUCUGGGCAGCCCCCAUCCCGCAGGGCGUGCGUUUGCCACCACCCGGCCCCAUCCGCAGCAGCAGCGGGGCUCCACGUCCUGCAGAGACUCGGACGCCCAGCAGACCUCAUGCUAAGAGGAUGUCUCGCACUUGCUAAGUCAUUGCAGAUAAGAAGGAAGGAAACACCCGAGAAACACUGUCUUGCGUUCACCAUCCGCAUUCUACCUCACACUCCAUUGUGGGCUUUUUCCAGGACUCCCCCCCCCCCUUGGCUCUGUGACUGUCAGCGCAGUGGAUGUGGAUGGUGCCCAGGAGCACAGAGCAGCAGCGCAGUGCCCAGUGCUGCCCGACGGCUCAGCUGAGCGGCCCUGGGGCAGCAGCGCAGCACCGUCGCAUCACGUGUGCAGUGCAUUCAGCAGCAGCCCCCACCCACCCCCAUUCCCUGCCCGCAGUCCUGGAACAAGCCCACAAUUCCCAAAGUGUGGAAUUGAUGCAGUCCGGUCACCGUUCCGCCCCCUCCCCAACGAUGCACUUCGUUUGCUCAGUGCAAUACCUACAACCAGUGCUGCUAAACCAGGGACGCGCUCGGCGCCGCGGUGCCACUCCUCCCCAGUGCUGGCGCGGCCCUCCUCCAGGGCAGGAAUUGUCACACCAGACCCAUUCGAUAGCACAGAACCACAUCUCAUGUGCAUUAAGCAGAGAUAGGCGCUCUCUUUGGAGCCGGCUGUUUCAUUUUGCCCUUUUUUGGCCACUUUGAGCCUGAGGACGAAGGCUGCUGCCCUCGCCCAUGCUGCAGGAGCCCCCAGCACCGCAGGUUGUGGUGAAGGCUGGUUCCCAGCCAGCAGAGCCGGGCAGCACGGUGCAGCCUUCUGAACCAACCGAACGCCCAAACACUGGAAGAAAAACAACCCCCAGCCUUUAGUUUCAGUGCAGGAAAAGCCACCAACGCGAGGACAGGCUUUUGCCUGGCCCAGCACAGAAGGGACGAACCCUUGCGUUGACUGCUCUGUUCCCCAAACCUGACAGUUCCGGUGACGUUCGGAGGAAGGGGACUCGGUCCCUCGGUGCAGAUGGAGCCCACGCAGCUCUGUGCCAUCGGGGUGGCUCCGGGGCACAGUGGGACCCAUCCCCAUCCCCGGCUCGCGCUCCCCCCGCGCACCGCCAGCCCGCUCCGUUCGCAUCCCUCCCAUCCUUGGAAUUUAUGUAAAUAUUUAUUUUUGUGUGAAUACCACGAAGUAACAAAACCUUUUACGAAAUAUGUAACCCACGGCCAUUUGUGCAAGUCUUAUUGUUAAAGAAGGAGAGGCAGAGACAAUCGCUGUCCCAGAAUUUCUCUCUUUCCGACGUGCUCCCGCGUUGCUGCCCCUGCUGUGCCGCCGCGUCCCGCCGUGCUGCACGAGGGUGCCCAGGGCCUCACCAACACACCCGCAUCCAUUCCUUUGGCUUUGAUUUACGCAGAGCUGUAGCUGUUUCGAGCAGACCGCCCUCGACUUUGUCUUAGCGUGGAUUGAAGUUUCGUAGCUCUUUUCUAAGCUGCUGCAGAACGCGGCGGAGGCCCCACGGUUGUGUAGGAAGGACACUGAGCAGCCCCCCCCCCUGCCCUAAGGAUGCUGUAACUCAGGGCUGCACGGUACAGACGCACAGCCCCGCUGACAGCCGCAUCCCAGACAAGCGAUGAAACAAACGGGAUUGACUACAGAUUUCUGUCAGGGAUUUAUGGUGGUUUUUUUUUGUGGGUUUUCUUUGUUUUUCUUUCUUUUUUCCCUUUAGUCCCUUCGGCACAAGCUCUGUGCAGGUCCCACUGCCCCGUGCUGGCGCUGGGCCGCGUGCUGUGUUUAUUUAACACAAACUCAUCGCUGAUGGAGUAAAGAGAUCCCUGUCGUCUCUCCCUUUUGGGUCACUCCCAGCUGCCCGCAGGGGCCGUUCCCGUGCAGGGUCUCUCCAUGGGAGCACUCCGGGUUGGUGGCACUCAGACCUCCCGACCCGCGGUCGGAUCAGUACCAGUCCACGUCAAAUGCUGCUUUGAACUCAGAGGGUUGAUAUACUUUUGAUUUGUAAUUUUUUGUAAGACUUUUUACAAGGUAGCAUAGUACUUCACCGGAAUACCAACUACAAUCCGUCCAUGGUCUGAUUUUUUAUAUAAUUUAGUGGUGCUUUAGGAACUUUCGUUCGGUUGUUUCGGAGCUGUCCGGCUCAGUUUUUUCGCCUGUAUCUACCUAAGACCAAUGUGAACCUUUGUAUUUUUGCUCCUAAUUUUGGACUCAGUGAAAGUGUACUGUUUACAUGUACAGAACUCCCGGCCCCUGUGUGUUCCGCGCGACCGCCGUUGGGGAGGAACCGGCCCGCGCCCGCUCGUCUGCUUGACCAAGCCACAGUCACACCUCACCCACACCUCCCUGCCCCAAACACCCCCUCCAGCUGCUGGAGGCUUUGCCAGCGGCCGACGCAAAGAUUGGCUGUGAUUUGAAAUGGGAAUCGAUGUGAAGCUGCAGCCGAGCAGAGCUCCAAGCGGGCACAAAGGCAGCGCUGACGCUUCGCCAUUCCCUCCAGGCCCGGGCGCGAAGCUGCCCCCCAAAAACACGAGGAGAGCCAGAAUCACAUCCAGAACGGGAGAACAGCAGUGGGCAGAGCUGGAGCUCAGCGCCCAGGAUGUGGGAUGGGGUGGGAUGGCAGCGCUGCCCAGGGCUGGGGGACGGCAGCGCCUUCAGAGGGGCAGUGAGAACGCAUUCGGCACUUCAUCCAGCUCCUAAGGCGACACUUUAUUGCUUAAUCAAUGGGUUCGUUUCAAAAUGACAUUUUUGCAGAUAGGCACCUAUGCAACUUCGUGUGGCUCUUAAGCAGAUGAGCACUUCCUCCUCAAUGAGCUCGAUAAGAGUUAUUUGUGUUAUAUACUGUGGAUUUUUCCAGUAAAUGUGGCUUAAUAUUUUAA